AUGACUCAUGUGAGAGAGACACAGUGCAUCGGUUCUUUCGAAAUUUGAUUGCAGCAGAGGAAAAUGAUUUUCCAUUCCAGUUAUUACAGUACUGCCAAUUGAGAAGAAUGAUUGCAUUGUCAAAUGUCAAUAGCUGUAUAUUAUUGUGAACAUACAAAUAGCUGUAUAUUAUUGUGAACAUACAUACAAACCAUUAUUAUCACGACCCUUUUCAAAUAUUUUCCCUUUUAAAGCCGACUGCCUGCCGUCGAAAUGGCCGACGUUCCAAACACCGAUUCGGCGUAACGCAUAUCAUUUUAAUGCGCACUGUUUGCGUUGAAGAAUCCAUUAGUCGCGCAUUCCAGUUUCGUCGUUUACAUUCCAAUCAAAAGUCCUUUCUAAGCUACUCACAAGUUGUUCAAACUUGCAUCUGCUCGCUAAUGCCAACUCAGCAUGUUCAGCAUGUUUGGUCCCUUGAAUUUGUCAAUCAGGUCAUGUGUCGCCCGGUUCCACUCGGGCUUCAUUCCUAAUCAAAUUAUCUUCGAAUUGUGACCCGUUCCUCCCGACCUGCCACCAACUCGUUUACUGCCGUCGGGAGCUCGUAAAAACGGCCGAUGCGGCGGCGCUUCGACUUUAUUGCGGGUGGGCUGCCACUUUUCCGUUUUUUGGGUUGUGUUGCCAUUGAGAAGUCUCUCGAAAGGUCACUCAUUCUCUCCCAAUUUGUCUUUUCCCCGCCCGUCUUUGAUCUUCUUCCUUUACUUCCCUUCGGGUCUUUUUCUAUCCUCUUCUCUCUGAUUAUGAACCGUUGUUUAUCCGUACAUUUGUGUUAAAUCGGUAUAUAGUUUGUGGGGGAAAGGGAGGAUCGGCGCGAAAAGUUUUCGAUUUGUUCCAUUUAUUCUCAGAUUUUCACUUUCUCUCCUCAUCAUUUGACUGUAUGAUUAGAAUUAGAAUACAUCAUAUUUCUCUCUCCCGCCCUGCCUGAAUUCAUCUCGAUUCCGACGAAACCCUCUAAUUUCUGGAAACCGAACCGGUUUUCUGAAAGUUCUGUGUCUCCAGGAAUUCCUAGCUAGGAAUUCUGAAUUCGUUCAAACUUAUGGGGUUAUUCAGGCUGUGAAAAAAAUGAUUGUUUUCCGUUUUUUUCGUUUUUUUACGUCAAAAAAUCCAAUUCAGCGAUGUAAAAAACGAAAAAAACGGAAAACAAACAUACGCUGAAUAGCCCCCUUACGGUAUACAGUAGUUUUCCGCAAAACACCAAACCUGACGACAUUUGCAGAGAAACGUAUUUUGUUUCAAACGUUUUCUUGUUGGCAAUUGUCACUUAUCGUUCGUAUCGGUAAAUCAACGGAAAAACAAUCGACAACUGGCAAUUUUACCGAAAAAAACGAAUAUUUUUUACCGUCGCGCAAUAAAUUAAGUUCCACCCGUCAACUUCGAUUUAUCGUCUGCUAUCGUCGAGAUAAGCGUUCUCCUCGAGAAACAACGCCCUUCCUCUUCUCACGGCGGUGACAAGCAAGACGAUGAAAAAGAAGACGAAGAAGGGGAGAAAGAAUACGAAGAAGGGGAGGAAAGCUGAUAGGAACCGAUAACAAGUUGUGCGUCUCUCCCGUUCCUUAUCUUCCUAUUAGACACUGUGUAGUGUCGUCGCACGUCCUCUGUUAUGCCUGUCAUUUGCAUUUGUCUUUUUGUUGCAUUCCUAAAGCAACUGAAUUCGAAAUUGGCAGUCGACCUAAAGGUCGACUAAUUUACAAAUGCGCUCCAUUGAGAAAAACAUGUUUUAGUUCGAAGUUUGCCCUUGGGAGUCUUGGAAACAUCAGAAAAUCUCUACUCCCAAUCUCAUCCUCGUGCUCUUUUUCUUCCUCAAAGUGUCCAUUCUCCUGUCGCUUAGUCUUGUUUUUCUUGCGUUUUUCGGUAGUUUUUGUGUGUUUGUGUGUGUCGAUCUUUCCCAGGUUCCAUUUCACUUUUGAUGCUAUCGUUCCACUUCUCUCGCUAUGUUUACAUUUCGCACUGACAAAUUUAGCAAAUACCUCUUCUUGGCCUUCGUCAUCUUCCCUUAUUUUCUCCGAGUUUCCAGAAACGCAAUGAAUCUCUUCACCGAAUCUGGUAGCUCCCACUCCCGAAAACAUUGCAUUUCUCUCUUCUUGCUCACGGCGCUCGUCGUCCUGCCAUAAUUGGGUGCUCCUGACGACACGAAGAGCCGGUCUCGUCUCGCUUCGUUAGGUGCUCCGAAUGACUAGAUUACGUCUUCUGGACGGGCAGCUGCCCCGCUUUCCUCCCAAACUUUCUCAAAAGUACUUUUUCAAUGACUUUUCGAGCAUUUCCAAUGAGCUUCCGAGCUCCAUUCUUUUCGUUUUGCUUCCAUUUCGUUCACGGAUUAAGUCCUUGAGAAAGACGAAACCUUGAGAAGACUUUUACUUUUCCAUCUCCUCCGCUAUCGGCUGAUUGUCCGUCGCUCUUUCAUGCUUAUCAUCACUCAGCUUUUUUUGCUCCCUUCAAGAACGCAUUUUCCGUUUUUUGCCUGGAAAAUCUGAUUCCUUGCUCUUCGUAGAAAAGCAUCGAAAAGUUUUGUUUAUUGUUUACAAAAGACCAGCACCCUUUCUUUUCGGCUUUUGAAAAAAACGAAAAAAAAAGAAAUAUAACGCUGGCAAAAUGGCCACAUAAACAUGAUUGUGUCGACCCACUUUUACGUGCAAAAAGGCGCGAAACUAAUCCGUCGGUCGGCUAAUUACUCCGUCCAUUUUGUACGUUCUCUUGCCUCUUUCACGCUCAUUCAUCACCCAUUUUUGUUCAUAACUUCCGAAUUUUCAGACGGAUUCGACUUCCCUCGUCUCGAUUCUCUAUCAUUUUAUAGGAUAAAUUAUUAAUUUUUAUUCAGAGUAAGUUGUCCAUAGUUUUCUCUUUCUCUUUAGACGGAUGAUUACAGAUAAAAUGAAGAAACUGAAACGACGAUUGUCGGCUGCGUUCCGGCCGGGGAGCAACAACAAUGUGAGCAUCACGAGCUCUGGAGGCUCCUAUUAUGAAUCAGACUGCGGUAAGGUAAAAAUUCGGGGUGAACACGACGCAUUAGAACCUUUUUUUCGAAAAUAUUGGGAAGGAUUAACCCAGGUUUCGUUUCCACUUCACACAGUCAUUUUUCGCUUACAGAAACACGAAACAACAUUGUGAUCGGGUACGGAAUGAUGUCGGCUCCGUUGCACGGAAGGACGUGGACUCUUUCCGAGUCGAUGAGUCACUUGUCCGACAAGAACGGAACGAUUCUCGAGGAAUGCGUCGAUCCGUCCGCUUUGCUUCGAGUCUCCAGAGGCGGAACUGCCGGCAGACGGUACGAGACGAAUGUGUGAGUUGGCUCGUGUGAAAGUUCUCCCAGAAACUAUAAUUUUUUUGUAGCAACUACAUAAAUGGAAUGCACGUUCCACCUCCGCGGACCCACAGUCUCUACUAUCCACGUGGAUACGCUUCCCGUCGGAACUCGUAUUAUGGAUCCAAUGCCUGUGAGUAUUUUCCUACUUUCGACGCGCCACUAAAGUACAUUCUGUUCGAGUUGACCUUCGGAAUCGGACACUUGUUCACACAAAUCCAUUCCGACUUACUUCUUGUCUCUUCUCAAUCUCAAAUGAAUUCCGAAGGGACAUCCCUGAUGCGUCAAAUGAUAAAAUAGUGGCUCGGCUAAAGCGGAUUUGAUUUGCUCGGCGAGCACAACAACGCUCUUCUCAAUCUUUCCGUUUUCCCCAGAGUGUCCUCCAUUCGCAUUUCAAACGAAUAUGUCGAAAUCGAAAAGAGUUGCCACCUGUCUCAAGUGACAUUCCGCCCGCUAAUUUCGGAAUUUGCACCUGCUAAUCGCAGGUGUUUGUACCGGUUCAAAAUGACUUUUCUUCUUCUUUGUCGUUUUUCCAGUUGGUUUGUCGGCCACAGCUGGAUUAUUUUGCCUUCACCGAUCAUCUUUUUUUACAUGGCAGCCCUUCACAAUUCUUCAAACCUGGUACCUUGUUUUGUGAAGAGUAUCUUGGCGUGCCACGUCACACUCUUCAUUUUUCAAUUCGAAACAUUACUAGUUUUGUGGGUAGGCGUCCUCCUCCCGAUUAAUCACUAUUCUCUGCCGUCCUCCUCAUUCUCCUCCAAACUGACAAUGGCCAGUUAAUUGAUACCCACCUCGACGGCUUCCGAUUGCCCUUUGUCAAUUGCAGAAAGACACUCCUCCUUCCCCUCCAAACGCACUUCCGAACGCAUUCGAGUACUCUUCUCUUGUUUAUUCCCUCUCUGGAGCAGUCUUGUUGCCAGAUGUUGCCAAAAUCUCCAACUUCUCCUCCAAAUGUUUCACUUUCCCACUCUGCGUCGCUCGCCCCUCCGAUCUUUCCGUUCAAUUGAACUUUUGCCCUCGACCGCCUUCCAAAACAUCAGAAAAAGCAACAGAAGGUUAUGAGAAAAUCAAACACUCAUUUCCAUAUGCCCCUCUAAGCCUACCGCUGUCCGUCACUGACAAUGUCGAAAAUGUUUUCGAAAGUGUAUGCAAAUUCAAUGAUUUUUCUCUGGCCGUCGUCAUCAAAAGCGGAAGCGUGUUCUGGUGCACUUGGAACACCCUCCUUCAGCUGCUUCACACGUGUCACAGUUCAUAAUUUCUCUUCGGCGGUCUUUUAUUGUCAACUGUCCUAGAAAAGGUCAUAAACGACGCUGUGAACGAGAAUCGAACCCUAAUAAAUGUAAUUUCUUAGUUUAACACAGUUUCUGAAUUGCAUUCCUUUUUUGUUCUCUCGAUUCAGUCAUCACGGAGGUAUUCAGAUCUAUCCUAAUUUCACUUUCGUCAUUCACUUCCACGCACACCCGGUUUCCAUAAGUUCGUUGAGGCUAUCAUCAAGAGAGCGCUUCAGCUUCUUCCUCGAAGUUUCUUCAGAUUCUGCCACAAGAUGGCCGCAUUAUAUCCGCCGAAUGUUUCUUUUCUUUCCCGUGCGCCGCCGUCGUCUCGAAGAGCCCAUCCAUUCCAACCUCAACGCGCUUUCCUUCCUCUUUGUGAUAUUACUCUGCAAUAUUAUUUCUGGCUUCUGCACGCCCGAAUGAUCCCUCUCACUGCUCGCAUUUGGCACUUGUUACACUCAGUUUUUCCUCAAAAUUCAAAUGAGGCUUCCUUUCCUUACUUGCUUUUUUUCUGGAAAAACCGGUUCUUUUUUAAACAUACGUUUAGAUUAGAAUAGUCUGCGACUACAGAAAGUGAAUGGCAUUUGGUUCUAAGGUUUCUCUUCUCACUGUUUACAAGAGAUGUAGUGAAGUCAUAUUCAAAAAAUGCAUUUAUUUAGAAGGAUGACUACUGAAUACGAUAAUUUUUCACUGAUUGCUCAAUGGAAAGCUCAAAAAACUUGUGAAAGUGACACUAGGAAUCUCGGUCCACUCUUUUUUAUGUGACACUCUAGAGUCCAGGACACAAUAAUUUCCCGGAUGACGUGGAACUUUAUUCCACCUCUUCCUCUUUUAUUUCUCGAUUCUAAGCACCUCCACUUUGGCCGUCGAUAACUCGUUGCACCCUUCCCGCUUCCUUCUUUUCCUCCGCACAAUCCUGCUCUUUCGCGAAGAGCGAGCGUCUGAAGACGCAAGCGGUGCAAAUUGUGUUAAGACUCUUCUCGCUUCCAUCCUUGUCCGUCUUUCUUCUUCACUCUGAUGCUCAAUUCUUCCCAAACUACCUAAAGAAUCCGUGUGCAUAAUGCCCAUUCUUCUCUCUUUUCUUCCAAUCGAAGAAAGUGUUCUGUUGUUUCCGCCCCUCAAUAUUGGAGUUGGCGGCCGUCAAAAAAGGUUAGGGAUUACGGAUGGUGGGCAGGUUGUCGCCGUCACGCUGUCACCGACGACCACUUCGUCCCUCUUCCCUCCAAAAAUAUUCCAUUUCCUUCGGUCUUUCCCUCUCUUCUUUUAUUAGCCGUCGUUUCCUCGCGUAUCUCUUGUUUUUCGAUCCUCAACCCACAAUUGGAAACGAGCGAAAUUCCCGGGCUCUCUAGAACUCAGCGCGUUAUGAAAUUAAUUAAAUUCUGAGACAGAGCGAAACUCUGACAAACCUGUUUUUUCUUUGUUUACAGCUUUUUCUAGGGCGGGCGCCGAGGCGGUUAGUUAAAGUCAUCCAUCUUUUGCCGUUUGAAUCAUACUCAUUUCAUUCGAAAUUCAUUCAAUCAUUUCCCAUUCACCGUAGGCAGCAUGUGUGGGCGGAGAGAGUGGAACGAGCGGCGGCUCUUUGGAAACUGCUCAAAAGGUGGAGCACGCGAACGAAUUUAUAAUUGGUGGGUGGAAGUAGAGUCCGCUUGUGCAUAGGAUAUUCAUUAGAAUAAUGUGAGUGGAAAAGUGUACUUUAUGUUUCGUAACCCAGUUGAUCCUCCUGACCUCAUUCCGCUUCUUGGCCCUCUAAUCCAUCGACCGGACCAGUAACUUUUUUAUUGGUGUCGUUCGCGGGAGUGUUACACCAGGCACCGACCCGCCGAUCGGCUCGCAACCGCAUGCUGGGAUGGGUGUGAACAGAUGCCGGAUUGAUGUAAUAACACGAGUCAAUGACUGGUGAUUGCGGACGUCUUCCGUCUCCGACUGCGCGACAGAAGGGCAAGAGAUGUUGACGUGGCAGACGGGACGAGCGGCAAGUCAAACGUGACUCUUCUUGUCACACUGUGACGCCUUCGCCGCCGGUCCCCAGGGCGAUGAUCAUUUCGGCAUUCGAAGCCGGGAUUCGGUGCUAGCGUCCCCUCUCCAAACGCCUCUAAAAUUGGCUGCUAUCUCCACCUUCUCUUCUCGUUCCUCUUAGACAGCCGGUAAUUAUUUUCCGUCGACGCCUUUUCUCCUUUCUUUUUUUGUCCCGUAUUACUAUUCAAGUCACGACGUCAACAGAGGUGAAAACAACUUGGAACGAAUGAGUUGGACACUAUAGAGAAAGCCUUAAAGCCGGCUGAAAAUCCCGGAAGCUGCAAAUGUCGUCUUCGUUUCAAGUUGUGUCACCCCAACCCCAACUCGCUAGAAUUUCGUUGCCAUAGCGCGAUGGCUGCUCAAACUGAGCAGCACUAUAUCUCGGAUUAGUUAGUAGUGAGAGCGGCGGGCCGGCGGCGAGCGGAGUGCUCAUACAAGGGAGGGCUCCUCGGCUCGCCCGUUGCUGCUGCUCUUCUCACCCCCGACUUACAUGAUGUCGUCGUUCUUCACCGUCUCGCUGUCUGCGCACGUCUCCGGCCUACUCUCCAGUGUCUGCGUCUUGUUUUAUAUUUGGUGAAGGGAGAUCUCGCGAGCUCUCCGCGCACACGCUAUUCAUGUGGGCUUGUUCGUACGGCAGACUGCGCCGUGCUCUGGCUCAUUAGAAGUUAUCUCAUAACGAUGCCCAUUUGCUGAAUUUCUCUUAUGCUUUUCCACACGCCAAUUAAUUGGAAUCGUCAUCAUUCUUAUCAUUCUUAUUAGUAAAAGUCUUAGGGGUUUUGUCCCUCUGUUUAUUUCUUGGUUUGUCCGCAAACGUCCGCAAACGUUUUCAUUUCUAAAACGUUGUGACGGAGAAAUCAAGACAUGAACACGUGAACUUUCGAAUAGUUCUGAAAAACAAGAAAGCGGCCCAGUUUUUAAAAGUCUUGUGAGUUCGAUAAGAUUACUGUAGUUUCGUAUAUGAAUUUAAAGAAGUCAUGUAUUUUUAAAAACUUCUUUCUGUGUAACACGGUGAAAUCGGUCUUCGAAUUAAGUUUAAGACUUGAUAUUCAAUAGAACAGGUUUAAACUCUACCACGUCACUUUUACGUUUAUGUACAUUUCGGAUAUGCAUGUCUCAAAAGCACGAAAAAGUGGUAUUUCCCCUUGAGUUUCCUUCCUUUUCUCUUGAAUCGUUCGAGCACACAAUGACGUAUUGUUCGCUUUCUUAUUAUAUCCACCGUGAUGACGUGAUAACUGGGAAUCUUCUCCGUCUCCCAUCGUUAUCAUCAGACAUUCAUUGCUUCCUCCCUUUUUUGCCUCACAAUCUCUCCUUCCGUUUCCUGUUGAACUUAGUUUUCGUGUAAAGCUUUCCUGCGUAUGCGUCUCGUUUCCGUUACCAAGAUUAGAGAUUCAUCGAGACAUACAUAAUAUAUUCGCCCGGCCAACUCAUUUUUAUGCAUUCCAAAUCUCGGUCCUUCCACCUCUUUCCCCGGUCCUUCUUUUCCUUCUUUCUCCCUCGGGACCUUUCUGAACGCACUUUUCACUUCGUUUCUUCGUUGCCCUUUUCUGAUCUAAGUGGUCAUUCAGAAUUCCGUCUGGCCGUGUGCAUGGCCGCAUACUCUCCGGCCGAUUCGACAGCCGAGGCGCGUCUUUUGUCCGGUUCGGACCCAAUUUCGGAUACUGAAAACCUUCUUGAUCUUGCCUACGAAGUGGGCUCCUCGGAUUCCACUAGAUACGACCGAGAAAGUGAAAAUGACGAAGAGGAAGUUGGAUGGGAAAAAGAGAAUACGAACAGAAGAAUGUGCAAAUCAGCCACUUUCCAUGACUUCUGUGAUGAUUCUGAACACCUAAGACGAGCAGUUACGACACUACCAGAAGAAGAUUUUGACGAGGAAGAAGAGGACGAAUUCGAAGAUGCCAGCGAUCGAAGAGAGUUUGAAGACGAUGAAGAAGAAGAUGAAGACGAUGAAAUCGUCGUAGAAGAAGAAGAAGUAACGCCGGAAGAGAUUGAAGAACGCGAAGUUUCUCACAUUUCAAAUGAUCGUUCCACUUCUCCGAAUCCUCCGGCGGAAGAAAAAACGAAAGGAAAGAAGAAGAAGCGGAAAGCGGAAGAAGGAAUGCGAAAGAUGAAGAAGAGCAGCACGUUCGCUUCUUUCCUCAACAUGUUCGUGGCUCGUCGUCGUUCCGGAAGGGAAUCGGGCGGAAUCCGAGAGGGCGAGAGGCUCAUGUCCCGAAGCACGUGCCUUCUGCGGCCAAGCAUCUCAUUGUGUAAGUUUGUAGUCCCCCCCUUACUCUUGCCUCUUCCCUGCCCCCCUCCGGUGUUGAUUUCCAUUCGAAGCUGUAAUUCAACACCGGUUAGCCUGAUGCAGAUCAGAAAGAAUAUAUGUGACGUAGAAAUGAAGAGGGUGACGGACAAGCAAAAAAGGAAUGUACUCCGUGGCGCUGCGAGUUGUUCGCCGCGAUAGCAGCUAAUCUAAUCUGAAAGGGAAGAAUAAUCGGAGCAAUUUUCAGCCGUCGUCCAAGAGUCGAUGAUUUUGGGCUCCGAUGGAGAGAGUGUCGAGGUCUCGCCGUGCACUUCCGACCAGACGCCGACCGGCGUUCCUCCCCGGUUUGUGCUUCCGGCCGAGCAGUUCACCUCAAUUCAUUUUUUCCAGAUACAUUGUCAACGUGAAAAUGAGGCAAAAACCAGCAAGGAAGUGGAGCGAGGUAAUGAUCCUGAAUGGUUUUGUUGUGAUAUCAGGAAGUGUGUAGUGAGUAGGGAUGCAGAACAGGCGCCUAAAAAACAGGCGCCUGUUUUUUCAACGCAAAAACUGAGUCGCCUGUGAAAAAACAGGCGCAGGUGCCUAAAAUCGCCUGUUUUGCAUCCCUACUAGUGAGGAAAUAUGCAAAUUGAGCGAAAGUGAGAAGGAUAUCGUGCUAGUUACGAAUUUGAGCUAAUUCUGGAAAAUGAGUAGGACGUUGAACCGGAUAUUUGUGCGGCAGUGUAUGACGUCAUUUUUCAGAAAGAUCUGAAAACUUCUUGUUUUGGUGGAAAUGUGGAGUGAACUUGUUUCCUAUUCAGGAGGAAAUCCAGAAGCGGCUGUCACUUCCGGCUGACUUGCGUCUUCCGGUAGCUGUCGUCGACAAACUAAACCGAACGCCGACUUUGGAUCAGCCGUUGACGAGGAAGAACCGGAGGGCUUCGCUCAGCGAAAUCGGAUUCGGGAAGUUGGAGACGUACGAAAAGUUGGACAAGUUGGGAGAAGGCACUUAUGCUACCGUAUUCCGCGGCAGAUCCAUUCUUACCAACAAGUUUGUGGCACUAAAAGUGAGUUGGCUGCUAUCCCGUCGGUGCAAUUUGAGCAACGGAAAUUAAUUUCACAUUGCCAUUUCCCUAUUUUUAUGACCUAGUUUUCAAUUCGCUUUUUCAGGAAAUACGGCUAGAACAAGAGGAGGGCGCUCCGUGUACGGCAAUUCGAGAAGUGUCGCUUCUGAGGAAUCUGAGGCACGCGAACGUCGUCACACUUCAUGACAUCAUCCACACAGAUCGCCUGUUAACACUUGUGAGUCUUCUAGAAAAAUGGACUACGAAUAACAGAGUUAUUGCAGGUUUUCGAAUACGUCGAUCGAGAUCUAAAGCAGUAUAUGGACACGUGCAACAAUGCAAUGCAGAUGAAUAAUAUCCGUCUUUUCCUGUUCCAAUUGCUUCGUGGACUUGCUUAUUGCCAUCAGAGACGCGUCCUUCAUCGUGAUCUCAAACCACAAAAUCUUCUGAUUACCGCGAAAGGAGAGCUGAAACUUGCGGAUUUUGGACUGGCGCGUGCCAAGUCCGUUCCGACGAAGACUUACUCGAACGAGGUGGUCACUCUGUGGUACCGUCCUCCCGACGUGCUGCUCGGUUCCACCGACUAUUCUACUCACAUUGACAUGUGGGGAGUCGGGUGCAUUCUGUUCGAGAUGAUCGCUGGACGCGCUCUUUUCCCUGGCGGAACUCCUGGAGAGCAAUUGGGUCUCAUUUUCAGGUGAGUUUAUAAUUUCAGACAUAUCACAUUAUACUUUUUUCAGAACUCUCGGAUCGCCCCGCCCCGAUCGGCAUCCCACUAUCUGUGAGAGGCCGACGUUUUACCCAUAUGCCUGUCGGCAGUACACUCCGGAGCCGUUGUGCCGGCAGAUUCCGCGGAUAGACGCCCACGGAUUCGAGUUGCUCAUGAAGUUCCUGCAAUACGAGGGCCGCGAUCGAGUGUCAGCCACCGACGCACUCAAACAUCCGUUCUUAAGAACCAUUGCCGUGAAGGUACAAUCAUAAGUUUUCACAGUUUCUCACUUCUUUCCUCCACUUCAGUGCCACCAUCUUCGCGAUGAGCAGUCGGUUCUCGAGGCGGACGGAGUGCACAUUGAGCGCGAGCUACUCGGAGCCGAUCACCAUCAUCACAGUUCCCGUCGGCAUAAUCGAGGCACGAUGGCCAAGGAAAAGUACAGAAUGCAUUCGAGCCAUCACACUUAG